UCCUAAGGGCAAUUUAGAACUUAACGGAGUAACGGUAAGCCCGUUCCCUGGAAUUCCAAUUCCCUCCUUCCUCCCACCCUCCCUAAAACCCUGCUCUUUCCCUCCUCAAUUCAGCAACCCUUAUCCAUUAAUGGCAAGCCUUUUCCUACUCCCAGCUUACCUUCCUCCCAAAUUCAAAACCUCAACUUCCCCUCCAUUUUCACCCUCUCGCCGGAAAAUCACCAUUUCCGCAUCAGCGCCAUCGACGAAAAGAACGAGAAAAAAGAAGCAACAGCAGCAGCAGCAGCAGCAACAGCAGUACACCGGAGAGGAGGAGAAUGGCUACGUGCCGACGCUGGUAUCCGUGCCUUCUAGUGCGGAGAAGGUGCUCCGGCUGGUCUUCAUGGAGGAAUUAAUGGUGCGAGCUAGAAACGCUGACGUUGCUGGAGUCUCCGAGGUCAUUUAUGACAUGAUCGCGGCUGGGCUGAAUCCUGGACCUCGUUCCUUUCAUGGAUUGAUUGUGUCUAACGUACUCAGCCAGGAUGAAGAAGGCGCUAUGCAUGCUCUUAGAAGGGAGUUGAGUGAAGGUCUUCGGCCUCUUCAUGAAACAUUUAUUUCCUUGGUUAGAUUGUUUGGUACAAAAGGUCUUGCUACAAGAGGCUUGGAAAUUUUGGCUGCAAUGGAGAAAUUGAACUUUGACAUUAGAAAAGCCUGGCUUGUUCUUGUUGAGGAACUUGUGAGAAACAAUCAUCUGGAAGAUGCAAACAAAGUGUUCCUUAAAGGAGCAGAAGGCGGGCUGAGAGCUACCGAUGAGCUUUAUGAUCUUAUAAUUGAAGAAGACUGUAAAGUUGGUGAUCACUCUAAUGCAUUGACCAUUGCCUAUGAAAUGGAGGCAGCGGGUAGGAUGGCCACAACUUUUCACUUCAACUGUCUUUUGAGUGUGCAGGCUACUUGUGGGAUACCUGAAAUUGCAUUUUCAACAUUUGAGAACAUGGAAUUUGGAGAAGAUUAUAUGAAACCCGAUACUGAAUCCUAUAACUGGGUGAUUCAAGCAUAUACAAGAGCAGAAUCAUACGAUAGGGUACAAGAUGUUGGAGAGUUGCUUGGAAUGAUGGUUGAGGAUUACCAACGAGUGCAACCAAACGUGAGAACCUAUGCGUUGUUGGUUGAAUGCUUUAGCAAAUACUGUGUCGUAAAGGAGGCAAUUCGGCAUUUCCGUGCUCUAAAGAGAAUUGAAGGUGGAAUGAAAGUUUUGCAUAAUGAGGGAAAAUAUGGAGAUCCACUUUCUCUGUAUCUCCGUGCCUUAUGUAGAGAAGGGAGAAUCGAAGAGUUACUGGAAGCCCUUGAAGCUAUGUCAAAAGACAAUGUUCCAAUUCCACCUAGAGCUAUGAUCUUGAGCAGAAAAUAUCGAACACUAGUUAGCUCAUGGAUUGAACCUUUACAAGAAGAAGCUGAACUUGGAUAUGAGAUUGAUUACAUAGCCAGGUAUGUUUCGGAAGGUGGCCUUACUGGUGAGCGAAAACGCUGGGUUCCUCGAAGAGGCAAAACUCCUCUAGACCCUGAUGCUGAAGGAUUUAUUUAUUCCAACCCUAUGGAAACAUCAUUUAAACAUCGAUGCCUUGAGGAAUCAAGGAUAUAUCAUAGAAAGCUUUUAAAAAUGUUGCGCAAUGAAGGUCCUGCUAUACUAGGGGAUGUGUCUGAAUCAGAUUAUUUCAGGGUUGAGGAGAGACUGAAGAAAAUUAUUAAAGGUCCAGAACAAAAUACUUUGAAACCUAAAGCAGCUAGUAAAAUGAUAGUUUCUGAGUUAAAAGAAGAACUGGAAGCUCAAGGUUUACCUACUGAUGGAACUAGAAAUGUACUCUAUCAGCGAGUGCAAAAGGCAAGAAGAAUUAAUCGUUCUAGAGGCCGUCCACUUUGGGUUCCUCCUGUUGAAGAAGAGGAAGAAGAGGUUGAUGAAGAGCUAGAUGAGCUUAUCUCACGAAUCAAGCUACAAGAAGGUAACACAGAAUUUUGGAAGCGGCGGUUUCUUGGAGAGGGCUUACAAGAAAGUUACGAUAACGAAAUAGAAUCAGAUGAUUCAGAAAUUAUUGAUGUCACGGAUGAUGUUGAUGCUGUUGAUGAGGUGUCAAAGGAUGCUGAAGAUGAAGAGGCAGAUGAAGAGGAGGAAGAAGUCGAUUUAAAUGACACCCAGGUGGUUGACAGAAUCAAGGACAAAGAAGUUGAGGCUGCAAAACCUCUUCCAAUGAUUGGUGUGCAACUGUUGAAAGACUCGGAUCAAAUGACUAGCUCCUCAAGAAAAUCAAGAAGAAAGAGUCGCGUAUCAGUUGAGGAUGAUGAUGAUGAUGACUGGUUUCCUCUUGAUAUACAUGAAGCGAUGAAAGAGCUGAGGAAUAGGAAAGUAUUUGAUGAAUCUGAUAUGUAUACCAUCGCAGAUGCCUGGGGUUGGACAUGGGAUAGAGAACUGAAGAAUAAAGCUCCACAGAAAUGGUCACAGGAGUGGGAAGUUGAAUUGGCAAUUCAACUAGCAAACAAAGUGGUAGAACUUGGUGGGAUGCCAACUAUUGGUGAUUGUGCAAUGAUAUUGAGAGCUGCAAUACGAGCUCCUAUGCCUUCUGCCUUCUUGACGAUUCUGCAAAUGACACAUCGUUUAGGCUAUGUGUUUGGCAGCCCCUUGUAUGACGAAAUCAUCACGCUAUGUCUUGAUCUCGGUGAACUUGACGCAGCUAUUGCCAUUGUAGCAGAUUUGGAGACCAGUGGAAUUAAGGUUCCAGAUGAAACACUGGAUAGAGUUAUAUCAGCUAGGCAGAAUAAGGAUAAUCCUUAAUACUGUAGUGUGUCUUUUUUUUUUAAAUUUAUUUUUUAUUUUUAAAAUUUUUUGUAGGUUAUAUAUCUCUUCUGUAUAGUUCAAUCUCUUUGUCUAAUAGAGUGUAAAAUAUCCCCAAAACUUCUAAAUGUAGCCCUAUAGACUAAGUGGAGAUGAUAGAGAUAAUUGAUCUGGAUUCUUUAGUCGUAGUAGACUGAAGUGUGAACAACAAAAAAGAACUCAAAUAAAAUGGUAAACCUAAUCAAUUUCUGUUCUUUUUUCGUUUCUC